AAGAGAAUUUCACAAGUUUUACAGAUGAUGUUAAAGACAGGCUGUUCUCCCUGAUGCAAUCAGGAUUGAAAGAGAAUUGAAGAGGAAAUUUCCCAAUAUGUGAUUCAAGUUAAUGCUUUCUUUUGCCUCUAAAAUAAUUCCUCAUAGUAUAAAUGUGGUAGGAAUUCUACACAAUGAGAGACAUUGAAUGAGGAAAGAAGAGAUUACCCAAAGAAGCUCUGAAGUACAGGACCCAGUUUUAGUGAGCUUCACGCUAAGCUCUUUCAGCCCAGAAUGGCUGUGGAAUCCAGAACAGUUUCAAACCCAGGACCUCAGAAUUCUCAGGAACACGAGCUGAUACUGGUGAAAGUAGAAGAAAGCCGUUCUUGGGGUCAGAAACUUAAGCAGAAUGGGAGUACCCGAUCCUGCCAAGAAUUGUUUCGUCAGCAGUUCAGAAAGUUCUGCUACCAGGAGACACCGGGGCCCCGGGAGGCGCUGGGCCGACUCCAGGAGCUUUGCUAUCAGUGGCUCAGGCCAGAGUUGCACACGAAGGAGCAGAUCCUGGAGCUGCUGGUGCUGGAGCAGUUCCUGAGUAUCCUGCCGGAGGAGCUGCAGAUCUGGGUUCAGCAGCAUAGUCCAAAGAGCGGCGAGGAAGCCGUGACUCUGUUGGAGGAUCUGGAGAGGGAAUUCGAUGAUCCCGGGCAGCAGGUCCCAGCUGGUCCACAGGGACCAGCAAUGCCUUGGAAGGAUUUAACCUGUCUUGGAGCAGCCCAGGAGUUUACACACAUUCAACGCCAGCCUUUAAAGAAACAGCUGAAACCGUGGGAACCUUGCCUUUCCGCCAGGAGUGGUUGUGAGAAUAAUGAAUCGGCAACAAAGAAGGACAUUUCAGGAGAGAAAUCACAGACACUCUCCCAGGAGCCUUCAUUUGGAGGAUUCAGUGAGCACAAAAGCCGUUUAGAGUGGCAGCAAGGGAGUGCUCCAGGGGAGACAUUGAGAAGACCCCCUUCCCAGGGGGGCAGUUUUAGUCCAGUAAUCUUCACACACAAAUCGCUAGGAAACAGAGACCAUCCCGAGCCCCAGAGAAACUUGAUUCUAAGCACAAACUCUGUAACGUAUCAGAAAGUUCCUACAGAAGAGAGACCUUACAGGUGUGACAUCUGCGGGCACAGCUUCAAACAGCAUUCUUCUCUAACACAACACCAGAGAAUCCAUACUGGAGAAAAGCCCUACAAAUGUAACCAGUGUGGGAAGGCCUUUAGUUUGAGGUCCUAUCUUAUUAUUCAUCAGAGAAUCCAUAGCGGUGAGAAAGCCUAUGAAUGUAGUGAAUGCGGGAAGGCCUUCAACCAGAGCUCAGCCCUCAUUAGACAUCGGAAAAUCCACACCGGUGAGAAAGCUUGUAAAUGUAAUGAGUGUGGCAAAGCAUUCAGUCAGAGUUCCUACCUCAUUAUCCAUCAAAGAAUUCACACUGGUGAGAAACCCUACGAGUGUAAUGAGUGUGGGAAAACCUUUAGCCAAAGCUCAAAGCUUAUCAGACACCAGCGAAUUCAUACAGGAGAAAGACCUUAUGAAUGUAACGAGUGUGGAAAAGCUUUCAGGCAGAGCUCAGAGCUGAUAACCCAUCAGAGAAUACAUAGUGGAGAGAAACCCUAUGAGUGUAAUGAGUGUGGAAAAGCCUUCAGCCUGAGCUCAAACCUCAUCAGACAUCAAAGAAUUCACAGUGGAGAGGAACCUUAUCAGUGUAACGAAUGCGGCAAAACCUUCAAAAGGAGCUCAGCCCUUGUGCAGCAUCAGAGAAUCCAUUCCGGGGAAGAGGCUUACAUAUGUAGUGAGUGCGGCAAGGCCUUCAGGCACAGAUCAGUUCUCAUGCGCCAUCAGAGAGUCCACACUGUAAAGUGACUUGUGAAUACAUUGAAUACUGUAAAUAUUUCAGUCAGGCUUCUAUCUUUGUCAGGAGGGUUUCAUUUGCUUUGGAGUAAAACUCCAUGGAGGUGGUUAUAAAGUGCCAGGUCUCAAGUCAUCUGACUAUACAGCACUCCCCAGUGCUCAUGCAUAUUGUCUCCUGAAAGCUUUUCCUGUGACUUAAUCAGAACAGCAGGUAGAAGAAUCGUUGCUUCCAGCUUUUCUCUUACCAUUAGGAAUCCUCAGGAGAUGCUGAAGAUGGGAUUAUAACAUUGAAAUCUCAUUUUCCAUGAGAAUGUCACAAAGAGGGCACAGCAACCCAGACUUGUCAAUCAUGGGCCAGAUUUGGGGGGUGGCAUGGAGAGUAUGAGGGACAUUUUCUCAGGAAUGAAAAAGGUUUUACUGACCAGUGGCAGGGCAGCAAGACAUGGGAAACAGUUUCAUCAGUGACUUAUUGAGCCCAGGGCAGGCCAGAAGUGAGACAGUGAAGAGAAAAUACAAAUUAAGUUACCCAGCAGUUAGUUUUUCAGUGGCAGCUAUCAGGCACAAGGGGUACAGUGGACAGUAAGCCCGUCUCUGCAGUUUCAUGGACAAGGCAGACAGACAGUGAUCCUGGUUCCGUCAGUGCUUGUGUGACGUUGAGUACCUGACCCAACCUUGGAUCAGGGAAGGCCUCUGAGAAAAAUUACCUGAAGGAUAAGUGGGAGUUAGCCAGGGAGGUAAGCCAACAGGAAGAAAGUCUGGCACUCCUUUCUGAGAAAAGGAAAAGGCUGUGUUAACGUAGAGCAUGGCUGUUGAGUUCCUUCUGAAGUAGAUUCCUGACUAUAAAAGAAAUGUGGCUGUAGCCAGAAUCUUGUUUACUACAGUACCUGUAGUUAAAACAUGAACCAGUGGAAAAGUUUGUCAAUAAACAAAACCUGGAGUCUUUGGAA